CUGGGAAUCCGGUGGGGGCGGGCAAGACGGGAUUCCGUCACUCAGAUCCACCCCAGGGGGGAGGGAAGGACAUUGGAGGGAGCGGGAAAUCCGCCCCAUAAUUGCUCUUGGCUGUGCAUGGGGAAAUCCAAGAACUAGGAAGGAGAGAAGGAACCUUAAAGCAAGCCCCUGCUCACAUCUCCUUCAGAUUCCGAUUCCUGGAAGACUGGAAGGAUCUUUGGAGAGCCAGCGGUGCCAGUGGCUGGAAGGUCCCUUCUGAGCCUGGCAGAGAAGAGGAGAAGCAGGAAGAGCUGCAGGUCAGAGAAGCUUCUUUUGUGGAAUCUGAAGGGAUCUUCACCUGCUUGAAGUCUUCCAUUUCUCCCUGAUGGAGUUUUGGAGGCUAAGAAUGCGAGUUCUGAGGUUCUUCCAGGAAUGGGGAGGAAUUGGGUGGAUCUCACAAACCUUUCUACUGAUUUUUCUUUCAGAGGGAUCCCCAAGGAUAAAAGUCAAGGUCAGGAUACCUCACUAGUGGACAAAAUGGAGUCACCGUUGUUCAUUGAAUCAUCUUCUAUUGGUGGAGCUGAAAGAGCUGCUGGACUUCCAACUCAGGGUCCUGUGUCCUUUGGGGAGGUGGCCAUCCAUUUCAAUAGUGAAGAGUGGUUGCUGCUUGAUCCCAGCCAGAAAGCCCUGCAUGAAGAAGUCAUGUUGGAAACGUCUAGGAUGGUGGCCUCUUUAGCAUUUGAUGCGCAGAAGGAAAAUAACCAAGAGACAAAUUUAGUGCCAUUGGAAAUAAUCAAAACUGAAAUUCCUGAGGAGACAUCUACAAAUAAGCACAGUUGGAGAGAAAAAUCGAUUCUUGAAUGUGUGGAAAUGGAUCACUUCCUGACCCAACGUGAUUCCAAAGAAAAUACGGGGAAAUGUCAAAGUAGAAAAAGAGUCAAAGCAAACCCCAAUGCUAGUAACCAGUGCAAAACUGGAAAAAGCUCCUGCAGUAAUAAUCUUACUUCACAUAAAAUGAUCCAGGCAAGGGAGAAACCCUACAAUGCUAUGGACUGUGGAAAAAGUGUUGGGUGGAAAGGUAAUUUAACUUCUCAUAAAAAGAUCCACACCACAGAAACACUCUGUAAGUGCCUAGAGUGUGGAAAGAGCUUCAGGGACAACAUUUAUCUAACCUCCCACAAAAGGAGACAUUGUGGAGAAAAACCCUUUAAAUGCAUAGAAUGUGGGAAGAGCUUCACAACUAGUAGUUACCUGAUAUGCCAUAGAAGGAUCCAUUCAGGGGAAAAACCCUAUAAAUGUGUGGAUUGUGGACAAAGGUUCCAUGUGAAGGGUUCCCUUACUUCCCAUAAAAGGAUACAUAGUGAAAAACCCUUUUUAUGCGUAGAAUGUGGGAAGAGCUUCAGAAUUAGUAGUGACCUGAUAGACCAUAGAAGGAUCCAUUCAGGGGAAAAACCCUAUAAAUGUGUAGACUGUGGGAAAAGGUUCAGUAGGAAGAAUUCCCUUAUUUCCCAUAAAAGGAUGCAUACUGGAGAAAAACCCUUUAAAUGCAUAGAAUGUGGGAAAAGCUUCAGCACUAGUAGUUACCUGAAAUGCCAUAGAAGGUUCCAUUCAGGGGAAAAACCAUAUAAAUGUGUAGACUGUGGAAAAAGUUUCAGUAUAAAGAAUUCCCUUACUUACCAUAAAAGGAUGCAUACUGGAGAAAAACCCUAUAAAUGUGUAGACUGUGGAAAAAGUUUCAGUAUAAAGAAUUCCCUUACUUACCAUAAAAGGAUGCAUACUGGAGAGAAACCUUUUAAAUGCAUAGAAUGUGGGAAGAGCUUUAGGCAAAGUGGUGGCCUUGCUUCCCAUCAAAAGAUUCAUACAGGCGAAAAACCCUGUAAGUGUAUAGAGUGUGGAAAGAGCUACAGAAAUAGAAAUCAUCUGACAUCCCACAAAAGGAUCCACUCAGGUGAAAAACCUUAUAAAUGCACUGAGUGUGGAAAACCCUUCAGGACAAACAGUAACCUUGCGUGUCAUAAACGGGUCCAUACAGGAGAGAAACCCUAUACAUGCAUGGAGUGUGGAAAGAGCUUCAGGGUAAAGAAUGCUCUUACUUCUCAUAAACGGAUCCACACAGGAGAAAAACCCUAUAAAUGCCUAGACUGUGGGAAGGGCUUCAGCCGAAGCAGUAGCCUUACUUCUCAUAAACGGGUCCACACAGGAGAAAAACCCUAUAAAUGCCUAGACUGUGGGAAGGGCUUCAGCCAAAGCUGUGGCCUUGCUACCCAUAAACGGGUCCACACAGGGGAAAAACCCUAUAAAUGCUUGGAGUGUGGAAAGAGCUUCAGUGUAAAGACUUCUCUUACUUGUCAUGAAAGAAUCCACACAGGAGAGAAGCCUUAUAAAUGUCUAGAGUGUGGUAAGAGUUUCAGGGAAAGCAGUCAAUUUAGUUGCCAUAACCGGAUGCAUACAGGGGAAAAACCUUAUAAGUGCACAGACUGUGGAAAGACCUUCGCUGUAUGUUGCAAUCUGAUUUAUCAUAAAAGGACCCACACAGGAGAGAAACCUUAUAAAUGCCUGGAAUGUGGGAAGGGCUUCUGUGAUAAGCGUUGCCUUACUUCCCAUAACAGGAUCCACACAGGAGAAGAAUCAUAUGUAUGCAAUGAAUCUGGGAAGAGUUUGAGUACAAGCCAGUCCCUUACUUACUACAUUAAUACCCAGACACAGAAGAAAUUGUACUAGUGCAACUAAGUCACCUUAGUUCCCAUAAGAGGAUCUACACAGGAGGGAAAUAUAAAUGUAUGGAUUUCUAAAUGUAGAAAUGUGAAAACAGGAUGCUUCUCAAGAAAGAACCCACAGAGGGGGGGGGGAUAUCCUGUGGAAAGCAAUCAACUUAUUUACCUUAUUAAUAUGACCCGGAUCAGGACUACAUACAGGGUGGGAAGGAGAUCUCUUUAGGGACUACAGUAUCCUUAAUUUGUGAUAUGAAACCAUCUAAAGAUAUGGAGUGUAAAAACAAUUACAUCUUCUUUCAGAAGAUUGCUGUAGGAGCAACUGAAUAAAUGGAUUGAUUUUGGGAAGCUCCUAGGAUAAAGUUCUUAAAUCAAAAGAUAUUACCUAUUCAGUUAAGGUGUCACUCAAGAAAAACUGUUAAAACAAUUGCCCCUCUCUUCUCCAAAAGAUCACAACCUCUGCUUGGUCAAGCUGCUUUAUCUUUAUUUUUUUAUCUGAACUGAGUCUGGGAUCAGCCUCCAGGUUUUGUGAAGAGGUGGUGUAUGCAAGCAAAACAAAGCAAGGCAAGGAUGUCAGGGCAUGAUUUAAUCCCAUUUUUGCCUCUGGGAUAAUCUCACCAUUAAUUAGAGGAUGGACCGUGGCUUUCUCCAAGUUGCAAUAUUCUGAAAUAAAACCCGAAGAAGUAUUCUAUAAUAAAACUCUUAUUUGUAAAAAGUAACAAAAACAUCUAUCUAUCUAAUUAGCUACAUCUUGGCAGCGUUCCUCUGCCAAGAUCAUUCCUGGCAGAGAGAACAAAGGAAAGAGUAGUAAUAAAGGAAUGGAAUAUAGGACAUACGCAGUAAAGAAAACUGAUCAGGAACUUGGCAAACUACAGUAAGUCUAUUAGUCCAAAAAUAUGAAGCUCAGCUGGGAAAUACAAGAACGCAGUGACAAAGGAUGCAUAUGACCCAUAAUAAGCUGAGGGCCAAUGCGAUUGACAUCAAUAUCACAGUUCAAUCAAAGCACCAGAGGGCAGGACAAGAAGCAACCGAUGGAAACUACUCAAGGGGAGAAGCAACCUGGAAUUAAAGAGAAACUUCCUAACAGUGAGGACAAUGAACCAAUGGAACAACUUGCUUUCAGACGUUGUGGGUGCUUCAUCAGUGGAGAUUUUUCAGUCACUUGUCUGAAACAGUAUAUGUUCUCCUUGAGUAGGGGUCUAGGCUUGAAGGCCUCCAAGAUCUCAUCCAGCUCAGUCUAGUCUAGCCUCUCUACUCUACUCUACUCUUACUCUACCCUACCCUACUCUAUUCAACCAGCUAAAAGGGACUUUAAAAAUGGUUUUAUUGAUCCAACAGUGUACCAUAUGUGCAAUAUUUUUUAAAAAGUUUUUUAAUUUCUUGAUUUAAAUUAUUCAUUGUUCAGUUUCUCAGAUUAAUCAUUACCGUAUUUUCUAUUUCUCAAGAUUUUCAAAUGACACUUUACUGCCUGCAUUUCAUUUUCUGAUACCAAGUUCAUCAGAAAGAUCAAUCAUAGUUGACAUGUCAGGUUGCUAUGGUUUUGGAGAAAACUUUUACUAGCAUGAUUGUGACUGUAUUUUUGAUCUUAAUAUAUUUCUUAAAAACAUUUCCUCAUUAUUAACCACCUUUCUCAUUUUGAAAGAUUAAUAAACAGUUUCUGCGCAAUUUAAA